AGAAAGCGCACCCACUUGCAGUCUUGUUCCAGGAGGAGGGUGACAGCGGGAGUGAUUAUGGCAGCUUUAAGAGGUUGGGAAAAGUCUUACCUCGUACUGUUCCUGCUGGAAACAUGCUAUUUCCAGACCUAUUCCAAACCAACAACCUCCUUUUCUAUGAAAGAUUUGAGACUUACAAAGACUAUAUGCUUGGUGACUGUAAACCCUCUGAGGUGAAAGAAUUCAUAGCAGAGUACUUGGAAAAGGCCCUCGAACCAUCUGGCUGGAAGGCAAUUUGGCACACUGAUGUCUUUGAUGUUCUUGUAGAGGUAACCGAUGUAGAAUUUUCCAGCCUUAAUGCCAUAGUGCGGCUGUGUGAGCCUUUCCUGUGUGAGUCUCGUGUCAGUAGCAUCACUCAUGAAAGUAUCAAUGACCUGCUGGAAGUGAAGGAUCAGAGGGUACCUUUGCAGGAACUCCGUGUUGUUUUUGAUGAAUCUGGAUUAUAUGACCAGACAGCACUAACUAUUGAGCAUGUCAGAUUUUUCUAUCGGCAAAUCUGGCGGCCCUGGGACGAGGAAGAGGAAGAUUAUUUUGAUUACUUUGUUAGAUGCGUGGAGCCUCGUUUACGCCUGCAUUAUGACAUCCUUGAAGACCGUAUCCCAUCAGGACUUGUGGCAGAGUACCGCAGCCUUCUUUUGCAGAGUGAGGCGGUUUAUAUGCAAUUCACCAACCUCCGAAACAAUUUAUCCAAUAAAGACUCUGAUUCGGAAGCUGAACUUGACAAUGUGUCCAUGGUUGAGGGUAUGAAGAUGGAUGAUGAAAUGGAAAAUCUGAAAAGGAAGCUAAAACUAAUUGAAAACCCACUUCUGAGGUAUCUCUUUUGUUACCAGAGAAACUCUGGAUCAUACAACAUGCAAGCCAAAGGGCCCAGACCCACUGGUGGGAAAGUUAUUCAUGUAGUAUCCACAAGUAUGUCCAUCACCAUGCUGCAAUGUCUGACAAGAGAAAGACUUCAGCCCGAGUGCAGUAACAAAGAUUUGGAAAUUCAGUUUCACAGAGAUCCUCUGGAGGCAGUAAACGCAUGCUAUGAGGGAGAUCUUGUCAUAAUCUGUCCUGGCCUUUAUACUAUAUAUGGUCUGAUCAACAUUAUGGACUCGAUAGAGAUAGAAGGAUAUGGCCUCCCAGAUGAUGUUAUCAUAGAAAAAAAGGGCAAAGGGGAUAGUUUUGUGGACUGCAACGGAGCCCAUGUAAAAAUAUCCAAUGUGAAGUUUGUACAGCACGAGGCAGUGGAAGGAAUUAUCACUAUCCAUAGCGGGACGACAGAGCUGGACAACUGUGUGUUGCAGUGUGAAACUACAGGAGUCACUGUCAAAAAGUGUGCAGAGUUAUUGAUGAAGUAUAGUGAUUUAUAUGGAGCAAAGGGUGCUGGAAUGGAAAUCUACCCUGGCAGUAAGUGCACCUUAAUUGGAAAUGGCAUACACCACUGCAGGGAUGGCAUCCUUAUUAAGGACUUUAUUGAUGUUGUUUACGAGAUCCCAAAAAUAAUCAUGGAGAAUAACGUCAUACAUAAUAAUGAAGGCUAUGCUGUUGUCUUGGUUAAACCAUCACCAAACUUUGAGAAGAACUCUCAUACUGAGGAACUUGAAGGUGAACAUCUUGAUAACAAUAUGAUAGAGGAACAAGCUAGUUCUAAUGUACUGCAACCAAACCUGAAUGAAGCUAUGGGUGUAGAAGACAAUGCAAUUGAGAAGUCUGAUCAUUUAGAAGAAGAAAAAAGUGAUCCGACCAUUGCUAAAGAGGAGGUUGAAUGUGAAUAUGCAAUUGACUGUGAAGAAGCUGAAGGGAAUCAGGUCAUUGCUACUGAACUGGUUGCUAACACAAGAAGAAAAACCCAACUACACAAGAAGAGGCUGAGCACAUUGGGAAUUGUGACAGCAGAUGAUAACAAUCUAACAUCCCAAGAGAUAUUUGUUUCCAUAGUUGGGAACCAGUUUAAGAGAAAUGGAAAAGGAAGCUUUGGAACAUUCCUCUUCUGACUUCCCACAAAUAACUUGCACUUUGAUUCUACAUUGCUAAUGCUUUCUUGAAGAUCUGCGACUGACCUCAGUAUCGAUUUCCUUUGCUUGGCUGUUUAUCACAAGCCGUUGACUUAAUUUACCUUGAUGCCAUAAAUUGCACGUGUACAUAAAGAACAGUGUUCCAGGGUUUUCUCUUGUGUAAGAUUCAUUUGUAAAUUUGGGAGGUUGUGUAUUUAACUUCAUUAUUGUAAACGUUUCACAACCAAUGCACAAUAAAGGGAUUACACUUCCAGCCAUCCUAUAUCUUCAUUUAAUAAAAUAUGAUUAGUGCCCCUGUUCCCCCUCCCCCAAUUAUAAAUGUCGGUGUUUAAUUGUGCCAUUUCCAGAGGUUUGGAAGACCUUGCAGAAGCUGAGCAGACUGAUUACACAGGCAUAAUAUACCCUUUUAUGCCGCUUAUGGGUCGUUACAUGGAUUUUUUUUUUUUUUUUUGCUUUUGAUUAGUGGGUUAAGUACAUUUUGCAUUCAUUUUAUUGUAAUAUGGAUUUUUUAAAACCAAAAAUAAAACAUAUUGUAGAAAUGCUGUCUAAUAAAACAUCACUGUUUACAUACUAUACCUUAAAGGUAAUUCUACGCAGGGCUGUUUCAGGAGCUUUAAGUUCUUUAUUUUACAAAAAUGUCGCUCUGAAACAACUGCCUGUGUCUUACACGUUUUUCUGCUGUUUCCCUAUAUCGUGCACAUCCUUGCAAGGUGAACGGUGUCAGAACUGCCACUUGCAAAUUGUUUUUCAUAAAGCAUUUUUCACUUAUUUUUAUUGAAGAUACAAUUAUGUCAUUGCAACUUUAUAUUGUCAUUUAAAAUUUGCAUAUUAAAAACCUUGCUUGUGA